CACACCACUGUUCACAAAACGACUGUCCUCUCUUCCCCUCGGAAAAGUCAAGAAGGAAGACCCGAUCAACACUGCGUCCCACCUUCUUCUCUUGUUCCUCCUCUUCCUCUAUCAGCUCCUCCUCGACCUCAAAUCCUAAACCACCCCCUUUUUGGAGGAAGAAGAGAUGGAGAGGGAGACAGAGCGGCCUCCUCCGCCGCAGCUCCAUGGCGUCGUCAUCAUCUCCCUUCCGCCUCCCGACAACCCCUUCAAGGGCAAGACCAUCACGGCCUUCACCCUCUCCGACGACGCCCCACCGCCACCACCACAUGUCCCCCCCGCCGCUCGAUCCCCCCUCACGCGGGCGGCACGCCGUUCUCUUCUCUCUCCCAGGAGCGCCGCGGCCGCCGUCCUCGGCGCCUCGCUUCUCCUCUUCUCCCUCUGGAUCUGCCUCUUUUCCGAGGCUCCCAUGCAGCUGCUCGACGAACCCUCGAGGGAGGAGGAUGGCCGCCGGCAGGAGGAGGAACGUUCCUUUUUGUUCCCACUCUACCCCAAAUCUGGCGGCCGGGCCCUUCGCGAGGUGGGGGGUGUGAAAUUGGGCUCUAUUUCGCGGAAGAGGAAGCAGAGUGGCAAGAUGGAGACGUAUGCGUCAGCAAAUUCUUCCACUGUGCUUCCUAUCGGCGGCAAUCUUUUCCCAGACGGACAGUAUUACACAACUCUUUUUGUUGGGAGUUCACCAAGACCUUAUUAUCUUGAUGUGGAUACUGGGAGUGACUUGACAUGGAUUCAGUGUGAUGCUCCAUGCGCUAGUUGUGCCAAGGGACCUCAUCCCCUAUACAAGCCCAGAAAAGGAAAUCUUGUUUUGCCCAAGGAUUCUUUGUGCUUGGAAGUGCAAAAAAAUCAGAACAACCAUUAUUGUGAUUCUUGCCAUCAGUGUGACUAUGAGAUUGAAUAUGCUGAUCAUAGUUCUUCCAUGGGUGUCCUUGCAACAGAUGAAAUGCACCUUAUUGCUGCAAAUGGUGACAGGGCAAAGUUGAAUUUUGUUUUUGGGUGUGCUUAUGAUCAACAAGGCCAACUUUUAGUCUCUCCUGCGAAAACAGAUGGGAUCCUUGGUCUCAGCAGUUCCAGGAUAAGUCUGGCUUCUCAAUUGGAAAGUCAAGGAAUCAUAAGCAAUGUCAUCGGUCAUUGCAUAAAACGUGAUGCUGAUGGUGGUGGAUACUUGUUUUUAGGUGAUGAUUAUGUUCCUCGAUGGGGCAUGACUUUGAUACCCAGGCAAAAUGACCUUACAAACUUCUAUCGUGCAAAGGUUUUGAAAAUAAAUUAUGGAGGCAAACAAGUCAUCGGGGGAAAGAGGGGAUAUGCUAUCCCCGUAAUAUUUGAUACUGGCAGCUCCUACACUUACUUUCCUGUUGAAGCAUAUAGGAAGCUCAUCACUUCUUUGAAGACAAUAUCCAAUAUUUUUGUCCAAGAUUCCUCAGAUCUGACAAUGCCAAUCUGUUGGAGGGCCAACUUUCCUGUCAGGUCUUUUAAAGACGUGAAGCACUUCUUUCAGCCAUUAACUUUGCAAUUUGAAAAGAGAUGGUGGAUCAUGUCUAGAUCGUUCACUAUUCCACCUGAAGGAUAUUUAAUGAUCAGUAACAAAGGCAACGUGUGCUUGGGCAUUCUUAAUGGAACUGAAGUACAUGAUGGGUCAACUAUAAUAUUAGGAGACAUUUCCUUACGGGGGAAGCUGAUUGUGUAUGAUAAUGUGCAACGGACAAUUGGAUGGACUCACUCAGACUGUAACAACCCGCAAAAAGCCACAGGUUUCCCUUUCUUCUUCUGAGGUUAUGGGAACACAGAAAAAGGUAUUGUCAAUGGUUGGAUAACAGGAAUCCAGAAUGAUAGAUUCAAGCUUAUUUUUUGGUGAUGUACAUAUUUAAGUAGUAUCAAGGGGAUUACCAGCCUUUAUAUGCUCCCCACUUUUCUGGAUAUAAAUAAGGUGAACGUUUAAGCUAUAAAGACAUAAGUUGUGUGAAGUUAGAUGUUGAACUUGUUGCAAUUGUACACAACAUACUCAUGGCUGGAACAUGACUGUUUGAUUAUUUGACAUGACC